AUGUCAUUCCUACGAAAAAUAUCCACGCGUUCAUGUUCAUCCCUACGCGAAGCCAGGUCAUGCCAAGAUUAUCUCAGCGUGUGUCAGAACUCCACCAUUUCACUUUCAUCGCUGGCGUUUCGAGGCACAUUUUACGAGUUCCAGGCCAAAGAGGCCAUGGAGACUCAUCUCCAUCUAACAGACUUGGUGCGCGUCGGAGGUGCCGGCGAUAAUGGCGUUGAUCUUUUCGGCAAAUGGGAUUUUGCUAGACUCUGCAAUUUGAAGCAACUACCGCAGGGCCAACAUCCCGUAAAUGCAUUGGUACAGUGCAAAAACUACGCGUCAAAAAUAAAACCCAACGUGGUGCGAGAGCUAGCCGGGGCCUACGAGUAUCACACCAAUAGAACGCGAUCUACCACAGUACCUACUUUUAUGUUUUUGGUGUCACCUCUUGGAUUGACAAAACUGGCCCAAACGCAAAUGGACAUAAGUUUUGUGCCAAUUGUACAUGUUAGGAUCAGUCCAAUGACUCGAGAGAUCUCUGGCGAGGGGAACGAAGAUUUCUUGGUUCAAAAUUGGGGAAGCUACACGUUUGGACCCGUGUACAUGAAUGAAAUGGCGAAAACCGUGGCCAAAGAUGUCAUUAAACACCACAAUGAGUCAGGGAACGGGCUCAAUCCGCUUUAUAAAAAGAUUGGGAGGCAGAUCAUCGUGAACUAG